AUGGCGACGACGGUUGCUGCCGCGGUGCCGGCCGCGGCGCCCAACAAGGCGUUUGUGUCCAAGUGGUCGUCGCGCUAUCGCGGAGCCACCGUCGAGGACCUCGACCCCCCCGCCGCGCUGUCCCUCAACCCCUCCGACUCCAUCUCCGUCGCCCUCCUCGCCGCCUUUGAGCGCGACUACACGCACCUGACCGUCGUCGCCGCCGACACGCGCGCCCUCGUCGGCUACAUUUCCAUCCCUCACCUACAGGCCCUGCUCGACGCCCACCGCGUCCAGCCACAGGACCCCCUCUCCGCUGCCAUGACGCGCUUCCAGCGCCGCGGCCGCGCCUACCGCGUCAUCACCAUGGAUACGCCCCUCGAGGAGCUCGAGGACUUUUUCCGCGCGGGUGUCCCCGACGGGCCCUGGAAGCAGGAGUUUGCCGUCAUCACCGACGACAACCGGAGGUUCGUCCUCGGCGUCGCCACUGUUCAGGACCUCGAGGAGUUUGUCAAGAGGAGGCCGGCGUGA